GAUUCGACUCAGAUGAACGACUCAUCAUUUAUGAAGCAGUUGCCGCUUACCCCAGGACCUCUCGUGGAAGGACUUAUUUUAUUAAGGAAGCCCAAUAUCGGAUGAAAUCCCCGCUGUGUCAACACACACUAAGCUAUUUACCUACUGUUUAAGUUAGAGAUUUGCAAGGUAUGAAAAGGAGCAGAUAUGAAGAUGAUUCUGGAACGUUACAGUUGGCUCCAGGCAGUGGCCAGAAAGCGAGCAAGCUCCCCCGAUCCGAGGUUGAAAAGAUUAUUUCAGAAAAGGUUGGGACUGCAGUCGAGCAGUCUGACUACAAGAUGAAAAAUCUGAUGGAGAGGAUCAGUGAGGUGAAUGGUGAACCCAGAUAUGAUGCCAGAAUCAAAAGUCUAGAAGCCCAUGUAAGAAAAAUAAAACGAAGAGGAGAUGCUGUAUUUGCAUAUAUCAGAAAAUGCAGGUCUCUGGGGAUUUCUCAUAGUCAGUUUCUUCCUUCUUUAAGCCCUUCUUCUGGACAGCCACAGCGAUGCAUUUCUCCAGCUGAAUCGCUAAUUAAUACCUCCAGAGGUUCAGUCAACGGAGGAUCUAUUAGUGACAACGCUUCGGUGUCAUCAGCAGACAAUGAUGGGGAUGUGACACUGAGAAGACCAAAGGAAGGCUUCUGGCAGAGUUUGCGGUCUAAGAAAAAGGUUGUUGACCUUACAGAAGAAGACAAAGGUUCAGCUCCCAGAUCGAAUGAAGAGAGACUGGUUGCCCAGACAUCAGACCAGAAUUUGAAACCCUCUAAAAAGUCGAAACCCUCAAGCACUCCACCACCUAUAGCCAUUAAAGAAGAAAAUCCAAGCAAUACAGAGGAGGACCGUGUCACUUCCUCGGGACAGUUUGAAGAAGAGGACUGGCAUACCAAACUACAUCCAUUUCCAGACACUCCAUUUCCCAAGGAGCUUCCGGUUGCAGCGGCUUCUUAUAACUUGCCCCAGAAACCAGUACUGAAACUAGCUCGAAUUGGAAGUGCGCAAGAACUGAGCAUCGCGUGGAACGUUGAGCGGAAAGAUCCCCACGCGGCUGAGAUGAAUUGCUACCACAUUUACGUUUCCCAUGAACACAAAAACGGCACGUUCUCUCCAUGGAAGUGCCUUGGUGUGAUCAAAGCCAUGCCUCUUCCUAUGGCCUGCAAGGUGUCUCACUGCAAAGGAGAUAAACGACUGUGUUUCAUCAUUGUGGGAAAGGAUAUUUUUGGCCGUUUUGGUCCAUAUAGUGACAUCCGUACCGUUGCACGGGGAUAGAUAUGAUUUCGGUGACACUUCUUGAGUGGGUAGAACUCAUUGUUCAAGUUCGGAUUGUUCAGCAAGGAUUAAUGUGAAACUUUAUACUGAAAUAUGGAGUAAAUAUUUUUUUUAAAAUGUUUGAAUUUCCUAAAAGACGUUGCGUUUGCUUAAAAAAAUAAAGUUAAAGCUGCUAGUUUAUGCUUUCAGUUUUUGUAUUUUUUGUUGUUUUUUCGUACUAGGCAUACGGGUUAUGUUCAUCAAAGGUCAUUUUGUCUUGUAUUUGAAUGUCACAUAGAAGUAUUACGAAAGAAGUUGUGGUCUUGUGUUGUUUUUAUUUGUUAUAAAGCUACAAACUGAUUUAGUUUGUAUCUGGCUUUCGUAAAAUGAGGUCUUAAGUGGUAUGAGUCAACAAAGCAAUCACUAGCCAUAAUAGACUGGAGUGGAAUCCUAUUGUCUAAUGUAAGUGUCAGAAAAGCAAUUCAGAGACGAUAUUUGUUUCCUGUAAUGACUGCAUUUGAGGAUUUUACUUCACGCUGCUGCUGAAAUGACAUUCAGCUCAAAUGAAACGCUGAGGAACUGCACAUUUUGUUUGUCUUCUUCAUCUGACACACCUGAUUCAUCUCACCAGCUCAUUAGUAUACCUGAAUUCUGUGUGGAAGACUUGAGUUGAAUGUGUGCUGGUAAGGUAGGAAUGCAAAUUGUACAGGAUUAAAACAUCUGUCCUGA